CAUUUUCUGACCGGGUGGUGAUUCGCUCUCAAUGCUCAUGUUGCGGCGGAUCCACUUGCAGCCGGGCCUGAUGGCGCGUCAUGUUUCUAGCAAGCCGGGCAAGAGGAGCUUUAGCCUCCGUGCCGUUUGUGGUGCUGGCCUGGUGGGUUGCGGGGCAGGCUACUUACUGUCGCGCAUGGAUGGCCAACUGCGAGAGCGGCAGCUCCCGGGUGCAGGGUUUCGAGUUUGUUGUGAGGAAAUGAUCACCCCAAAGCAGCAAGCACUGCCAAAUGAGCUCAGGGGUAUUGUAGGGAAGCAGCACGUGGUAGAGAACGUUACGGAGAUCUGCCAUGUGGCGAUUCUUCCACAAGGUGCCAAGACAGGCAUCACUGGUGGCUCAGUCCCACGACCGUGUGAUCGGCCCAUGGUGGUGAUUAGCACGCAACGGCUGCAAAAGAUUUUGCCCAUCGGUGACGAAGCGAAGCAGGUCUUGUGCUUUGCAGGGGCUGGCAUCUUCAGCGUGCAAGAGACAUUGAAGCCUUUGAACCGCGACUCCCACAGUGUACUGGGCUCUAUUUUCCUGAACCCCUCGGUAGCAGCUGGUGUGGCUUUUGGCAGCGGUGGCACUCAGAUCCACAAGGGUCCGGCCUUUACCAAUCGUGCGCUGUACUGCCGUGUGGAUGCCAAUGGGCAGCUCAAGCUGGUGAACACUUUGGGCCUCAACGCGCACGAGGACGUCGUUGCAUUCCUCGACAAUGCCCAGGCGUUGUCGAGCAAAGACAUGGAUGCGAAAUGCACCCGAGCAGCGUCGUGGCCAAAGUACCCGCAGCACCUGACCAAGCUGGAUGGGCAGGUGUCCCGAUACAACGCAGAUCUCACUGGUGAAGAUUGCAACCGAUCUGAAGGCAAGGUCUUCAUAUUAGCCACUAUACACGACACCUUCCCAAUGCCUCAAGAGAGCAAGAUGGUGUGGGUGUCCUGCAAAGACUUUGCCACCGCCAACCACAUCAAGCAGAAGGUGGCGCUCGCUUCACCUAAUUGCUUGCCCAAGCAGUUCGAGUACAUGGGCCGGGAGCAGUUUGAUUGUGUUGACCAAGGAGGCCGUGGCAUCAUCAAGCUGAUCGAGAUGGUCGGCAUGUCGAAUUUAGGCACAUUGUGGAAUUUCAAGCUGAAGUUUGAAUCUUUACCGCUGCCUUUCGUCAAUAUCAUUGCAGACAAGCUCUUGUGGUAUUUGAACUCGGCGAUUCCAGAGUCUUUGCCGAAGCCGUUGAUGGAGCAGGGGCGAAAGUUCGACCACCACCUCAUCAUGGAGAUGACCGAGUUUGGAAAUGGGGAGCUGAAGCAACUGGAUGAGCGAUUGCAGCGGCAGCUGGCAUUGAAUCCUGGAGACAUCUCAUGCUAUGUGUGCCAAGAUGCCUUCGAGAAGUCCAGGGUGAUGCUGUUCAGAUUUGCCGUGCAGCCAUCCAUUCAGACCAUCACAGUGGGCAAAGGGCGGCAGGGCCUCAUCAUCGACUACGCAAUGCCAAAGAAUUUCGACCGCAUUCUGGAGAUGCCCAAAGAUUGUGACAUUGAGAUGCGCUGCUUAUGCUCACACUUCGGAUGCAACGUUUUUCACGAGAGCCUCAUGCUCUCCAAUGAUGUAGACGUGAAAGAAGUGAAGAAGCGAAUCAAACAGGUCAUUGAUGAAGCAGGAGGGAAACUUCCAGCAGAGCAUGGCCAUGGGACAGAAUACGAAGCACCUUGCAGCACACAAGAGAGAUGGAAGAGAAUUGAUCCCACAAAUUCGAUGAACCCUGGGGUGGGUCAUUCUUCCAGCCUGAAAGGCUAUUUGUGAGCUUGGAUCACGAGUGGUUCGGUUCGAAUGCGAUUCUCCCAAAUACGGGGUGGCUUCCAAAGUGUAGCUUAGCGUGUCGAGGGCGUCGCUUAACGGCUUCCCGGCCUUGGGACCGCAGAUCCAAAAUGGCGUGACCACUUCGGACCGAGGUGGUUCCUUGCUGAGCGCUUUUUGCCAACGUGAUGGAUUGUUAUGACCCUUUAAAUAAGGCCCCCUUCGAAAGGAACCCAAAAGCCUUGCUUUGUGCACCUCAUUUACUUGUCAUUUUGUCAUUUGUCCUUUUUGAACUGUUGGCUCUGACAGUUGAAGACAUGAAGUGAAGCCGUGCAGCUCGAGGAGGUGAUGAAGGCCUCUCAAUAGAGAGAACCUUAGUACAAGCUGCACAUCUUUGGCCCUCAACUGGUUUAUCAAUCUGCUCUCCUGCUGAAUUUGUCACGUUUGGGCGGGCCAGAAGCUGUCCAGUGGGUAGCGGGCGCAGUUGGAAAAAGCCAAGUCUGAGUCAGAGCUUGAGCGGUCAGUGUGCUCGAGAGGAUGCUGUGAGACGGGAGGACUCUGCAGGGAGAGAGAGAGAGAGA